AUGCCAUUCCUUGUUGAGGAUUCCUGGAUUAAUGACCAGGUUUCCACCCACGACAUCUCCGAGCUCGAAGGAUGCGCCAUCGCUGUUGAUGCAACUUAUUACCUGAGCCAGCUUCUCGAAACCCCUCCUGCCCAUGAACCUCUGUUGUCAGCUCUCGGUGGCCUUACUGGGGUCGAAGCACACAUAAACCAGAAUCUCGAUCUCUGGGCAAAGUUCGAGAUUGUCCCUUUCUUCGUCUUCGAUGGCCAGCCCGUAACCGGCCAAGAUGACAUCACUUUGGAUCGUGGCCUGAAGGCCAACAAGAAGACAGAUGAGGCCUGGAACUUGUACUCUCAGGGGGCCGCUGAGGAGGCGGUGACGACCUUCGGUACUAGCCCAGGUGCUUUUCGCAUUCAAAAUCUUUACCCGUUGCUUCAAACGGUUCUGAAGAACCGUAGACUUCACUUCUUGGUUGCGCCCUACACUGCGUGCGCUCAGCUCGCCUAUUUCGAAAUGAUCGACUCAGACCAAUGCUCGGGUGUGAUGGGCUCUCAGGAACUUCUUCUAUACCCUGUCAAGGAUUCUGUCAUUCGGGCAUUCGACUGGGAAGCCAAGGCCGUUUCUGCUAUCUCGAAGAAGAAGGUUAUGCGCAGUCUUACACCCACUGCAAGUGAGCCAAGGUUCAUCGACUCCUUUCUCAUGGCCGGUACAUCGUUCCUGCCUCCAUUCCCUGCUCUUCUGGAAAGCUCUAUAUACUCGGACUACAAUAUUUCGACUGCAGCCAACUUGCUGAGGACUGCAGAAAACAGUGUCGCAACUGCUUGCGCCAGCUUCAACGAUAUACUCCAAAGCAAGGACUCUGGUUGGCUUGACAAGUAUCGCAAGGCAAGAAUGGUUGUCCACCACUUCGUUUACAUCGCUGAGAGUGGCGAGAUCCGUGUAAACGACUAUGAGCACUUGACUAGUGACAACCAUGAGUACCUCGGCCUUCAGUUGCCGGCUGAGCUAUUUCACUAUCUCAACACCGGCUUGAUUGGGCCCCGUCUACUGGGCAACAUUACCCACGGUCAACUUCUCAUCCAGCCAACCUUGGACGGAGUUGCCUCGGACGAAUACAAAAAGCUCAUCACUGACAGAAUAGUGCCCAUCAAAGAGCAAGCCCUUUCUCUGUUGAUCCCCAGACUUCACCGAGGUAUCCAGCACAAGAACAUCAAAGUUCGUGUCUGGUUUGACCCCAAAUAUUCUUACACGAUCAACCAUCGCUCUGUGAACCCUCCUCCCUCUCAGAGGGUUGCUAGCUGGAGUGUCAAGGAUGAGGAUCUUCGUGCAUUCUUCCCUGAUGAUUUCGCUGGCCCCGUGUCGCUGGAAGUUUUGUCACUUGUUAACUCCGACUUUGUGGCCAAGACAUUCCCCAAGGAGAGGCCCAUAAAGGGAAUCGACAGCACAGAUAUGGUGACCUCGGUGGCCAUCUGGCGAUUCCUCCACCUGAGAGGAUACGCCAAUGAUGAGCACAAACUUACGCCUUGGGGUAAUGCCUUGGCCAAUACUCUUCUGAUUCUCCAGGACGCCAAGGAGAACCACCCGGACGUGACUGGUCUUCCGGAGGCAGCCCUGGUUGCAUUUGAACUCAUCCGAAACGGACUUUUGACGGGGAAGCACACUGAAGGCCAGGCUGGCCUGCCCCGCAAAGGUUCCUAUGAAGAAAAGGCAACUCUUGUGCUGAUCAGCGAGUGCGCUUCUUUGUUGAAGCUUCGGCACCAGGUUUAUGGAUACACUGGUCCGCUUAACAAAAACCUGCUCAGCUUUUGGUCUUUGGCAUCAGCAGUGAGAGAAGCUGAUCGAGAUCUGGUUGAGGCGAUUGUCGCUUCGAUGUUCUUGUAUGGACAAUCGAAGCGUGAAAGGGAUGACCAAUUGGAAAUCAGUCGACGGUUACCUUUCCAUCAAGAGCCCGAUAUUGGCCUCGGCAUUGCUGUGCGAACCUUCUUCGAUGACGAUGAAGCUGGAGGGGACCAGGAGGCUCGCUUACAGCGGCUGGAAGAGUUUCCUAAGACAUUCGUGCCAUAUGCUGAGUCACUAACUAAGGACUUCCGUGUCGUGCGUGACUUUAUCGAUGCACUCGUUAAGGGCGUUAAAAUGCUGGGUACGGACGAGCUACGUGCGGAAGAUAAGGAUGCAUGGGCCAAGGCCCAGGCAUACCUCGAGGCGCGACCUUUCUAG